AUGCUGAAGGACUUGACUGUGAAGCUGCCUCUGUCUGAUGCUGUUCAGAUGAUUCCUGCUCUGAAGAAGUACAUGAAGGAGCUGAUAUCUGGGAAAGUAGCUGAGGAUGAGAACGUCAUGCUAGUGUCAGAGGAGUGCAGCGCUGUGCUGCAGAACAAGGUGAUCAAGAAGAGGAGCGAUCCAGGAAGAUUUGUCUUAUCGACCAAGUUCCCAGUCGGUAUACUUGAGGAUCUACAUGUGCAGAUAGGGAACACACUCAUUCCAGCAGAUUUUGUAGUCCUCGAGCUCGACGAAGAGCCUAAGGAUCCGCUCAUCCUAGGGCGAAACUUCCUAUGCACAGCUGGUGCAAUCAUUGACGUGAAGGGAGGAAUCAUUGAUCUCCAUCUGGGAGAUAUCGUCAUGAGGUUCGAGAUGAACAAACUCCUCAAGAAGCCAAUGUUAGAUGGGCAAACUUAUGUGAUUGAAGAUGGCUCAAACUUGGUGGACGAAGUGAGAAGCCGAUGGCUUCGGGAAGAUGAUGGAUGCGAGCGGCAAGAUGGAGAGACUGGUGGCGUUCAUGAGCUUGGAGGAGGAGGAUCGAUCGAAGCCGUGCCAGAUCGAUCGAAUGCACCUCAGGAGAGUCCCGUCAACAGCCCUUGGAGCGAGUCGAGCGCACCUAAGCUCGAGCUGAAAACACUCCCUGCGGGGCUCAGGUAUGCAUUUCUGGGACCUAACUCUACAUACCCUGUGAUAGUGAAUGCUGAGCUGAACAAUGUUGAACUUGCUUUGCUUCUCUGUGAGCUUAGGAAGUAUAGAAAAGCUAUAGGGUAUUCGCUAGAUGACAUCCCUGGAAUUUCUCCUGAUCUUUGCAUGCAUAGAAUACAUCUAGAAGAUGAAUCGAUGACUUCUGUAGAACAUCAGAGGAGGUUAAACCCGAAUCUAAAAGAUGUUGUCAAGAAAGAGAUAAUGAAACUUCUAGAUGCUGGUGUAAUUUAUGCUAUAUCUGAUAGUAAGUGGGUCAGUCCUGUGCAUGUAGUUCCUAAGAAAGGUGGUAUAACUGUUGUUAAGAAUGAUAGGAACGAGCUGAUACCCACUAGAACUGUCACUGGUCAUCGCAUGUGCAUUGAUUACCGCAAACUGAAUGCUGCAACUCGCAAAGAUCAUUUUCCUCUCCCAUUUAUUGAUCAAAUGCUUGAGAGAUUGGCUAACCAUCCAUACUACUGCUUUUUAGAUGGUUACUCAGGUUUCUUUCAGAUCCCCAUCCACCCAGACGACCAGGAGAAGACGACAUUCACAUGUCCAUAUGGCACUUAUGCUUAUCGCAGAAUGCCGUUUGGACUGUGCAAUGCACCGGCCACGUUCCAGCGCUGCAUGAUGGUAUUGCAGCGGUGUGAGGAGAGACAUCUUGUGCUGAACUGGGAGAAAUGCCACUUCAUGGUGAGAGAUGGGAUCGUGCUGGGACAUAGGAUUUCAGAGAAGGGAAUCGAGGUCGACAGAGCGAAGAUCGAGGUGAUGAUGAGUCUACAGCCGCCUAAUUCUGUCAAGGGAAUCCGCAGCUUUCUGGGGCAUGCAGGGUUCUACAGGCGAUUCAUCAAGGACUUCUCCAAGAUCACCAGACCUUUGACGAUGCUGUUGUGUAAGGAGGUCAAGUUCGACUUUGACAGUACAUGUUUGGAGGCCUUUCACACGAUCAAGGGAGCUCUGGUGAGUGCUCCAAUUGUCCAACCUCCUGACUGGAACCUUCCGUUCGAGGUGAUGACAGAUGCUAGUGACUAUGCUGUCGGAGCGGUUCUGGGCCAGAGAAAGGAGAAGAAGCUGCACGUGAUCUACUACGCCAGUCGCACACUUGAUGAAGCUCAGUGCAAGUACGCUACGACUGAGAAGGAACUAUUGGCGGUGGUGUUUGCAUUUGAGAAGUUUCGGUCCUAUCUUGUUGGAUCGAAGGUGAUUGUCCAUACUGAUCACGCUGCCUUGAAGUACUUGCUGACGAAGAAGGAUGCGAAGCCGAGACUCUUGAGAUGGAUUCUUUUGCUUCAGGAGUUCGAUCUGGAGAUCAAGGAUAAGAAAGGGAUUGACAAUGGUGUAGCUGAUCACCUGUCAAGGAUGAAGAUCGAUGAUGACGUCCCUCUAGACGACAGUUACCUGAUGAGCACGUCUACGCUGUUGAGGUGA